AUGGGUUUCCUCAGUGAAUUGAUGUCAGAAUUCAAGGGCUCUAAGAGCGGCGGCGGCGAGCAGCAACAACAACAAUCCGGGUAUUCCGGAUAUCCCCCACAAGAACAGUAUGGUGGCUAUCAGCAACAACAGCAGGGCUACCCGCCUCAACAGCAGGGCUAUCCCCCGCAGCAGGGCUACCCACCACAGCAACAGGGCUACCCCCCACCACAGUCUUCCGGACCACCACCAGUUUCCCCUCCAUGGUACGCAGAGUGGGAUGGACGGGAGAACCGCUGGAUCUUUGUGAACCAGCAAAACGGUGAACGCACAUACAACUACCCUGGCCCCGGCUUCGCACAACAGCAGGGCAGCUACGGUGCCCCACCGCCACAAGGCGGAUAUGGAUAUGGCCAAGGCGGCUACAGCAAUCAGGGUGCAUACAACCAGAGCGCAUACGACCCUACACGGAGCUCUGAGCCAGAGGAGAAGAAGAGCGGAGGCAAUGGCUGGAAGUACGCUGCAGCGGGUGCCGCUGGUCUUGCAGGUGGAGCCCUACUAAUGCACGAGAGCGAUAAAAUUGGCGAAGAAAUGGACAAAGCUAAAGAGGGCAUCGAAAACGCCCCCGAAAACGUCGCGCACUGGACUGGCGAACAAGCCGGCCGCGUCGAGAACUUCGGCGACGACGUCGAACAGAAAUGGGACGAUGGCGUUCAGAACAUCGAGGAUUUCCCUGAAAACGCAGCCAGGUGGACAGGAGAGAAGGUCCAGGAGAUUGAGGAUAUCCCAGACGACAUUGAGAACAAGUGGGAUAACAUGGUCGGUGGUGUGGAGAGGUUUGGCGAUAAUAUGGGGAAUGCGUAUGAUGAGGGAAGGGAAGAGCAGAGGUAUGAGGAUGAUGAUUAUUAG